AUGAUGCGCGAACAACUGGUCCGCCAGUUGAAGCAAGUACUGCCUCUUAUCGACACUCUGGCUCAAGAUCUUCUGAAAGCUCAAGACAGUCACAAACAGGCGCAAGUUACGUUGGAGGCGGCCAAGGCCAUGUCUCCAUCGCGCAUGAAGAAGACGGGGUCGUUGAUCGGUCUGACCAUUCCUACCCCGACACGAGCAGAGGCUGACCUAGCGGUCACGGAAGCUGAGGUGGCAGUAACCGAGGCGAAAGCUCGGCUAGCCGACCUCACCAAGAGAAUGAAGCACCACGUCCACCACGUUAGACUGCUAGUGAACGGCUUGCAGCAAGCCACUCUCAGUAUCGUGGAGGGGAUUCUGGAUUGGCGUCAAAUGCGCCAGCGACGGCGCCAGAUGAGCAACUUCCAGCGGCUCUUUCGAUUUCCGUGGAAACGCCAAAGGAUUGCCAACUACCUCCUGCAUGUGGACGAAGACUUGCGCGCGCUGUUUCCUUCGGUGGCGCUGGAGUUGAUUAUCGGCCCAAAGGCGACGUAUAGCCCCCUACUGGUGUCACGGGCGACACUGCAAGCCCUCGGGACCUCGUCAGCUGGGAAGACAUUUCUGACGGAUCGAGGCAUGGAUAGCACGCCCCCUCCGAGCGUAUCAGCGACCGAUCUCGACCGACUGCGUCAAUGUAUUGAGGCCAUCGACAACGAGAUUAAACUUGAAGCAUUGGAGCGACAACGGUGCGGUGAAGAGGAAGACCGAGCUCGGACCACGUACGACCCCUUCGCGACGAUCAAAUCUGCUGGUGGCGUUGAGGAAACCCUGAGUAACAUGAUGGAGCUGCAGUCGCCGACUGCCCAUCUACUUGGCGAGCAACUUCGUAUUCGUCAGGAGGACACGACUCGUGCUGCUGUACCGGCGUCUGGUAAUCAAUCUGGCGAAGACGCUGCGUCGACUGAAGUCCUGCGUAUCAAGCCUGAGCGUCUGCGCGAAUUCUUGGAGAAGCGCGCAGCACUACUCGACCCCGAGGCCGAUUGCGAGCUGCGUGACAUCCAGCGGUGGGGCGAAACGAACAAACUCAAGGGCAAAAUAAUGAUCCGCAAGAACAAUGAGAAGCGGGUCGAGCACCUCCUGGCGCGCAAGAUCCAGCUGCAGUACCUCGCGCAUCGACACCGCCACGAGAUGCAGAACAACGUGACCAAGUUCGUACGCAGUAUCCGCGUGAGUGUGGUCAACAUCCAGCGCGUCUUCCGUGGCCAUCGCGCCAAAUGCGACUACCACUCGAUCCGAAGUGCCUGGAUGGAGCACAAGCGUCGCGUUGCUGCCGUUCGGACGAUUAUCAACGCUUUCCGGCGGUACCGUCGGCGUCUGCGGCACCGACGCUCAAUGACCGUGGAGUCUGUUGCACAAGCGCAGCUCUUGAACCUCCUGGCGAACAAGUUGAACGAGUCGGCUGAUACCCAAGACGCCGCCGAGAGGUAUCGCCGAGUGGGGGAAGAGCGACGUCGCCAGCGGAUCGUUCUGCUCCAGAAGCACAAAAUGGAGCAGCAGGAGAUGGAGCGGAAGCGAAAUGUGGCUGCCGUGCGGAUGCAGGCGAUCGUGCGCUCGCACUUGGCCCAGGGCCAGGUGAGGAUGCUGCGGGAGGAGAAGAGGGCGCACAUGACGUCGGUGAGCGCCAUGGCCAUCCAGUCCAAGAUCCGC